AUGUUUUUCUCUCACCAACAGUACCUGCAGAUGAAAUGGCCUCUCUUGGAUGUUCCUGGCUCUGCAGGAAUAAAGGACUCGCGUUCUCCAACACCAGGACAUUUGUCCAAUAAGGUCCCAGUGGUUCAGCAUGCCCACCACGUCCACCCACUCACGCCCCUCAUCACCUACAGCAACGAACACUUCUCUCCCGGAACUCCGCCGUCACACCUCUCGCCGGAGAUCCUCGACCCAAAGACAGGUAUUCCUCGGACACCUCACCCAUCAGAACUCUCUCCGUACUACCCCCUCUCUCCUGGAGCUGUCGGUUCAAUUGCGCACCCCCUGAGCUGGCUGAUGCCACAGCAGGGCCAGCCCAUGUACUCCAUCCCUCCGGGGGGAUUCCGUCACCCGUAUCCAGCGCUGGCCAUGAAUGCAUCCAUGUCCAGUUUGGUGUCCAGCCGUUUCUCCCCUCAUAUGGUGACCCCUCCUCCGCACAGCCUCCACCAGACUGGCAUCCCCCAUCCCGCCAUCGUCUCGCCUGCCAUCAAACAGGAGCCCAGCGGAGACAACAUCAGCCCCUCAAUGCAUGCCAGGAAGUCCCCUAUUCCUGCCAAGAAAGAAGAGGACAAGAAGCCUCAUAUCAAGAAGCCCCUGAAUGCUUUCAUGCUUUAUAUGAAAGAGAUGAGAGCCAAAGUGGUGGCAGAGUGCACUCUGAAAGAGAGUGCUGCCAUAAACCAGAUCCUUGGAAGACGGUGGCAUUCUCUAUCAAGAGAAGAACAAGCCAAAUACUACGAGCUGGCCAGAAAAGAGAGGCAGCUCCAUUCCCAGCUCUAUCCAGGAUGGUCAGCAAGAGAUAACUAUGGGAAAAGGAAAAAGAGGAAGAGAGAAAAUAAACCAGACUCAAAACCAGAGGACUUCUCGAUCAGGAGUAAGAAGCAGUGCAUGCAGUACCUGCCGUCGGAGAAGAUGUGCGACAGCCCCGCGUCCUCUCAUGGAAGCAUGCUGGACUCGCCGGCCACGCCCUCCGCCGCCCUGGCCUCCCCCGCCGCGCCCGCCGCCACUCACUCUGAACAAGCCCAGCCGCUAUCCCUCACCACCAAGCCGGAGGGACGCAUGCACCACCACUUUUCCCUACCCGGCAAGGCCUCUGGAUCCACAUCCUCCUCCUCUUCCUCCUCCUCCUCCUCUUCUUCCUCCUCCUCCUCCUCCCAUCCAACUAUCUCCAUCCCCAUUGGUUCCUCAGGUAGCCAGUCGAACACACCUAUCCUCACCCGGCCCAUCCCCUUCACCUCUCUGCACCCCUCCAUGCUCUCCCCUCCCUCCCCCUUCCACCAGGCAGCCCUUCAUUCCCAUCAUUCCCUCUUCCAGUCACAGCCCCUCUCCUUGGUGACAAAACCAACUGAAUGAGUCUGCAGAAGCAGUUUUCCUCUCAUUUAUUUUGCUGUAUAUUGCUUUUCUUUAAGAUAGGUAUUAGAUCAACUUUUUUUUUUCUAAAUAAUUAAAAGGAAGAAAUAUUAUUGGUCAAUAUUUGACUGCCUCCUUUUUCUACAUCUCUCAAUGAAAACAAAUGUAUUUUUUGUAAAGUUUACUGCAGAACUGGGUUCUUUUUGAUGCAUUUAUCCAAUGAACCUCUUGUAUAAAAGAACCAAUGUACAUAACGUUUCUUUAUAAAAGCAAAAAGAAACAAAAACAGACUUCAUUUUUAGCCAAAACCCUAAUUAAUGUUAGUAUGAACUUAAAAGUCCUAGCCCUGGCCAAUAAUUGCAACCCCCCUUUUCAAUUCAUGUGUGUGUGUGUGUGUCCCUUCUUUGACAUGUUAAAUAAACAUUUGAAAUUGUUUCUUAAAGAGUAUGUCUUUGUCUUCUGUCUGCUUAUGUUUAUGUUGUUUAAUGAG